GCCAGUUUUUAUACUAUCGCGAACCAACUUGAACAACACCACCACUUUCUACAGUAUCUCGAACCUACUCUGACUCGCGUCCCAUCAAAAACUUGCGUCGACGUUCUUUGGGGCAGUGUUGAUACCCAGAAAUCCAUUCUUUAAAGGGUGUACAGCGCCUCCACCCUGACUGACAUCGUGCGGCACCACAACGACGACACUCUUCUCCUUUCCAGUAUUUCAAAUGGCCUCACAAUUAUUACCGCUAGAGCUGAUUGACAAAUGUGUCGGGUCGAGGAUCUGGGUUGUGAUGAAAGGCGACAAAGAUUUCGCGGGCACGUUACUCGGAUUCGAUGACUACGUCAAUAUGGUGUUGGAAGACGUGAUUGAAUUCGACUACACAGGCGCACAGACGAAACUGCCUAAGAUCUUGCUCAAUGGCAACAACAUUUGUAUGUUAAUACCUGGCGGAGAGGGUCCUGUGCCUGCAGCAUCGUGACAGCGGUCUGAUAUAGCUUGAGCGGUGUGGUUGGCAUGGCGGAAAGGCAAUUGCAGCAUGACACGAAGGCACUAAGCAGGUGGCAGUGCUCCUUUAUUGUCUGCGACAUCAGCGUCGAGCCAUUCUGAAUUGCUGUAGUAAGCAAUUGAAACUAGAAUAGGGUGCAAAAGCUGCGGACAGAAUGCCGCCCGAACGUCUAAACAACAGAAACCAAGCUACCGAUAUCUGAGACCA